ACUAGGGCAACAACAACAACUACUCUCAAAGGCCGUCGCUUCUUUCACUUUUGCAUAGAAAACAUAUAUAGCAAAAAACCCCUAAUCAUCGCCACUAAUUCCAAACCACACUAAUGGCAGACACGAAGGUCCAAUCUCCAGAAACCACGGUGGUUGUUGAUGAGAAUCAACGGGUAACAUCACCACCGCCGCCACCACAACAACAACAAUGGAAGGGUAUGAGAUAUCAUCCUUCACCUAUGGUAAUGCCACAUCAUAUGAUGUAUGCUGCGCCACCUUAUCCUCCUUAUCAUCAUCCUCAUCAGUUUUAUCACCUUCCUCAUCAUCAUCAUCAUCAUCAAUCUCGUGGUAAUAAGUAUCAGAAUGCUUCUAAUACUGAGAAUAAGACUAUUUGGGUUGGUGAUUUGCUUCAUUGGAUGGAUGAGAAUUAUCUCAAUUCUUCCUUUUCUUCUGCUGGAGAGAUUUCGUCGGUUAAGGUUAUCCGCAAUAAGCAUACUGGUUUGACUGAGGGCUAUGGAUUUGUCGAAUUUGUUUCCCACGAUGUUGCGGAGAAGGUGUUGCAGGAAUUGAAUGGUGAAGCUAUGUUAAAUGCGGAACAACCUUUCCGUUUAAACUGGGCUAGUUUUAGCACUGGUGAAAAGCGCUUAGAGAAUGGUCCUGAUCUCUCUAUUUUUGUGGGGGACUUAGCACCAGAAGUAACUGAUACUAUGUUGGAACAAAUAUUCUCUGAGAAAUACCCAUCUGUCAAGAAUGCAAAAGUUGUCAUAGAUGGCAAUACUGGUCGAUCAAAGGGAUAUGGCUUUGUGAGAUUUGGAGAUGAUAGUGAGAGGAGCAAAGCUAUGUUGGAAAUGAAUGGUGUGAAAUGUUGUGGCCGGGCUAUGCGAAUUGGUCCUGCAACCCCUAGGAAGCCAAGUGGUUAUCACCAACAAGGUGGGUAUAUGUCAAAUGGUGCCUUGCCUCGACAUGAUGGGGAAUCAUUGAACACAACAAUAUUUGUUGGAGGACUUGACUCUAGUGUUACUGACGACGAUCUUAGACAACCUUUCGCCGGUUAUGGUGAAAUAGUCUCUGUCAAGAUACCUGUUGGCAAAGGAUGUGGAUUUAUUCAGUUUGUGAACAGAGAAAAUGCUGAGGAGGCAUUGGAGAAAUUAAAUGGGUCUAUGAUUGGUAAACAAACCGUUCGCCUUUCUUGGGGUCGUAAUCCAGGCAAUAAACAGCCUAGAGGCGAGUAUGCAGACCAAUGGGUUGAACCAUACUAUGGAGGACAAUACUACAAUGGUUAUGGAUACAUGAUGCCGCCACCUGUUGACCCGAGAAUGUAUGCUGCAGCACCUUACGGAGGAGGUUAUCCGGUUUACAGUGGUCAUCAGCAACAACAAGUAAGCUAAGAAGAAAAAUAAAAGAAGUUAGUAGGUAUGAGGCAAAAUUGUCUUCUUCUUCUCUCUCUAUCCAUCCUCUCCUUGGUUAGCUCCUGGGCAACGAAUUUUGAUAAAACCUUAGUGCUACUUAAUUUAUUUAGGGAUUUUGAUUGGAUUGAUUUAUUUUAUUUUAUUCUCAGAUGCUUAUAUUAUGGUAUUUUUAAAGCAGUACUACUUUAAUUGGUC